CACGCCCCGAUGGCGCCCGAAGCCCCGGCCGGGGAGCCGGCGCCCCGCUACUUCACCUGGGACGAGGUGGCGCAGCGCUCGGGCCGCGAGCGGGAGCGCUGGCUGGUGGUGGAGCGCCGCGUCUACGACAUCAGCGACUUCGUGCGGCGCCACCCGGGGGGCUCCCGCGUCAUCAGCCACUACGCGGGGCAGGAUGCCACGGAUGCCUUUAUGGCCUUCCACAUCAAUCAGGGCCUGGUGCGGAAGUACAUGAAAUCCCUGCUGAUCGGAGAGCUGGCCCCAGAUCAACCCAGCUUUGAGCCCAACAAGAAUAAAGCCCUAACGCUGGAGUUCCGGGAGCUGCGAGCUGCCGUGGAGAAGAUGGGGCUCAUGAAGACCCAGCCCAGCUUCUUCAUGCUCUACCUGCUGCAUAUCGUGCUGCUGGACGUGGCUGCAUGGCUCACGCUGUGGCUCUUCGGAACGUCCUUCGUGCCCUACAUGCUCUGUGCCUUGUUGCUGAGUGCAGUACAGACUCAGGCCGGCUGGCUGCAGCACGAUUUUGGCCACUUGUCGGUCUGCGGCACGUCAACCUGGAACCAUGUGCUCCAUUACUUUGUUAUGGGCCACCUGAAGGGGGCCCCGACCAGCUGGUGGAACCAUCUGCACUUCCAGCAUCAUGCCAAGCCCAACUGCUUCCGCAAAGACCCUGACCUCAACAUGCACCCCAUCUUCUUUGCCUUGGGGAAGGUCCUGUCUGUGGAGCUCGGGAAACAGAAGAAGAAAUAUAUGCCGUACAACCACCAGCACAAAUACUUCUUCCUGAUUGGGCCCCCUGCCUUGCUGCCGCUUUACUUCCAGUGGUAUAUCAUCUACUUUGCUUUCCGGCGGAAGAAGUGGGUGGAUUUGGCCUGGAUGUCCACCUUCUACGUGCGGCUUUACUUCACCUACGUGCCCUUGCUGGGCCUCAAGGGCGUUGUUGGUCUCUACUUCAUAGUCAGGUUUCUGGAGAGUAACUGGUUCGUGUGGGUGUCGCAGAUGAGCCACAUUCCCAUGCACAUCGACCGAGACCAGAACAAGGACUGGCUUUCCACACAGCUCCAGGCCACGUGCAAUGUCCAUAAAUCCUUCUUCAACGACUGGUUCACCGGACACCUCAACUUUCAGAUCGAGCACCACCUUUUCCCCACGAUGCCUCGACACAAUUACCACAAAGUGGCCCCGCUGGUCCAGUCACUGUGUGCCAAGCAUGGCGUCCCAUACAUGUCCAAGCCCCUGUUCACAGCCUUCGCUGACAUCGUGUACUCACUGAAGGAGUCGGGACAGCUCUGGCUAGAUGCCUAUCUCCACCAGUGACCACAGAGGCCCCCAGCUGGAGGAACGUGGACACAACAGAGGGGGCACUUUGAAGAAUUGCCAGGGACUUGUUCAGGAGGGUGCGGGAGAUUGAGGCCGGGGGGGUUGUUGCAGGCCUUUCUCUGUCCACAGACCUUUCUCUGUCCACCUUUAUCUUCUAGCCCCUGGGGAGGGGAUUUCUAGGGUUUUCUUUCGAGUUUGGUUAGAGGGAGCCUGGGCGGGGUGAGGAUUUGGGGGGGGGAAAUGGCUGAGGCCAGGGAUCAGGAGAUCCCACUUUAAAUCCCCCCUCCCCAGGCUGUCUUGCAUUGAGCCCCAUCUCUGGCAGCCCUGGAGCAGAUGAAAAGAAGUGGGGGGAGCAGCUGUGUUGAGACCAGCUGUCACCCCUGGAUAGUUUGGGUUCACUGGAGGAGAAACAUCAGGGCCAACCCUCGUGCUGUGCCAUCCAUGACGUGUGUCAUCACAGCACCCUGGCACUGUUGGUUUGACCUCCUGGUCCAGCCAGGGAACUCAAACAGCCAGGGGUCUAUGGUUUUGUCUGUCCGCUGGGGAAAACUAAUCAGGGGCUCAAGUAGUGCAGCGGAGAGGGUGAUUGCUUUGGAUAGAUCUGACCUGGUUUUGAUGCGGGCAUCACAUAGGAGUAUAUGCUCGGAGUAUAUACCCCAAGCCCUGCCAAGAGUGUAAACCUUUAGCACUGCUUAGUGUGGUCCUCACACAAAACCCCUCAGGAACUGGAGAGAUGGUACAAGGCACUUUACAGAGAAACAAUCCCAAUUCAAUGCCCUGAGCACUGUCAAAGUCCCUGAAUGCUGAAACGAGUGUGCCCUGAAACAGCCAGAAGCUUCCCCCCAUCCCCCCC